AUGCAGACUGAUCCCAACUGGACCAACUUUUUGUACAACGCCAAGACCAACAGGCUCGAGCUGCUCGACUUUGGCGCCUCACGCGAGUACCCCGACACGUUUGUCAAGCAGUACGUACAGCUUCUGGCUGCUGCAUCUCGCUCCGAUCGCGAGACGGUGAAGAGCCUCUCGGAGAGCCUGGGAUACCUCACGGGCCACGAGAGCCGAGUCAUGGUUGAUGCACACAUCAAAUCCGUAUUGACGCUGGCGGAGCCGUUCCUCGCCUCGGCGCCCGAGGUUUACGAUUUCAAGGACCAGAGUAUCACUGAGCGCGUCAAGGCUUUGAUCCCGGUCAUGCUUGCGGAGCGCCUAGCACCUCCACCUGAGGAGACAUACAGCCUUCACCGAAAGUUGAGCGGCGCUUUCUUGCUAUGCGCCAAGAUGGAGAGCAAGGUUAGGUGCAAGGGGAUGUUUGAGGAGAGCUUGAAGAAAAAUGGCUUCAUGUAA